AUGUUUAGUGAUUUCAUUUUGUAUUUCUCCUUCUUCAUUACUCUCGCCAAAAAUGUUCCAAUUGAUACAUCAGGCAACAGCAGCAACAACAGCACAUUAUUGGAGCGCAACGUCUCGGCAGAAAGUAGUCUAACAGUGAAGCUAGAGAAAUCAAAGGGUUCAGAACGCAUGCUACUUAGAAACAUUAUGGAAGAAAAUUUCUUCGAGUUAACGUUCAUUCCUGAGCUCACUCCAACCUUAAUUGAGGAGCUCAAAUGGAAGCGUGUCAUUCGCAAAUCCAGAAAACAGGUCAAUACAACGACAAGAAAGAAAUCACAACAUAUCAAGAAAACAUUUAUUUAUCGUGGAAGUUUCCUUACAUUCUGUAGCACUUUAUUUGGGGCAUACGUGUUGUUGAUAUUUUUGAUUCAGGUUUGGAUUCUAAUGUCACGGAUAGAAAUUAAAAACGGAACUUGGUCACUUAGCCCAGCUGAAAAAAUGACGUGGUGGUUUGACGAGGUGGAAAACCUGGGCGACGAACUGGGAAUCGAUAAAAUGCAAAGAGAUAGUGAAGGAUCAGUCAAGAAGAGUGACCUAUCAGAAGCCGAUAUUUUCAAUAAGAAAUGA